AUGAAGUUUUGGAUUGCUACGUACCGAUGUAGGAUGGGUUUACAGCAAUCUAAGGACGAACUAUUGUAUCAACAAGUCGGUUAUGGCAACACUGAAGGCAUUAAAUCGCUUCGCAACGAAGGUGCUGGCCUUGAGUGGAUGGAUAAAGAAGGAAAGACUCCUCUGAUAUUAGCUUCCAUGAAUCCACAGCUAUAUGAUGUAGCAAAAACCUUGAUUGAAUUGGGUGCCAAUGUAAAUGGCUAUCGUCCAGGUCGUCAUGCUGGAACUCCUCUCCAUCAUGCUGCAAAAAGAGGCCUAGAACAGAUGGUUAAGCUACUCCUUUCACAUGGUGCUAAUGCCUUGGUGAUGAAUGAUGACUGUCAAACUGCACUUGAUGUUGCAAGAGUCAAAGGAUAUAGCAAUGUUGUUCGUGCAAUUGAGAAUCACAUCUGCUUAUUCUCUGGUUGGCUGCAUGAGCUUUAUGGGCCAGGCUUUCUUGAACUACUUGCUCCUCAACUACUUUCAAGAAAAGUAUGGGUAGUUAUACUACCAUGUGGAGCUCGUAAACUUACAAAGCCUUUCAAGUUAGAACUUGCUAUAUAUUCUAGUUUACAGGAUGCGAAACCUCGUGCACUUAUUCCACUAUGGAAGGCUAACAUGGAUGAACCAAAUUUUAACCAACCUGAUCCUACAGUUGUUCUUACUAGCUCCAACAUCCCAAGACGCUGGAGAAGGAAGCGAUGUAUUUUACACUCCCAAGUUAGGCAGUCACGCAUCAAACUUGCACCCGUUAACGAAAACGAAAAGCAAAACUUGCAACGGUUUUGCGAUGCUUGCAAAGGAAUCCCUCAGGUUAUUCAUCCUUCAUUUCCAUUCAACAACCAACAAUCAGCUAUUGGACCACCUCAGACAACCCCAAUUGACACCGAGUCACCACUGGCUAUGACCACCACCACCACCACCCUCCAAUCCGGUUCAGUGGUGCCGCCAACACCGACACCCACGGCUCCUACCACCUACCCCGACUCUACUCCAACCAACAAAAAAAACAAAUGGGAAAACAAUGAUGAAGCAACAACUUCCACUAGUUAUCAUCCCCAUACAGAAUACAACACAUAUUCCCAAAUUGUCCCUACUGCACCACCCAUGGUUCCAUCAGCACCACCGCUUUCAGACAUGGUGGAUGAUGAUGGUCCGAUUCAUUACCCCUCCAUUGAUUCCGUUUCUGCCCCUAGUGAGAAGGGGAAAGAGAAUAAUAAUGAUUCUUCAACAUGUGUUAUAUGUUUGGAUGCACCGUCAAAGGGAAGAAUUGGGGUUGCCCCGUUUGUCGUGCCAAGAUUGAUCAAGUUGUUCGGCUUUAUGCUGUCUGAGGUUGAAAUUGAAUCGUUUGUAUAUAUAUGGUAAGCAAUGGUGAAAAUAAUGUUUGCCUUUGAUGGGGAAGUGGAAAUUUUUGAAGGUGAUCAUCAAGAUUUCUACAACUUUUGAAGUUUUGGCAUGUUGAUAAUGUAGUAAGCUUUAAGCUCAAUGUUGCAUUUCAUUUUUUGGUUUUUUAUAAAUUAUAGACACUCCAGAUGUUAUGAAGUAUGUAUUGAAUCGUGUGUGCAUUGUAAAUCUAGCCUAUCCGUGUGAACUCAAUAUAAUUAAAUUGUGUUAUGUCAAGUGCUCUUUGGAUAUAUAAAUAAAAUAAGAAAAAUUGAUUUAUUAAGGUAAUUAA